GCUUUUUAAAAGGACCGCCACACAUUUACAUUUAGCUCAAUUACAGAUGCUUUUAUCCAAAGUGACUUACAAUUGAACUGCACAGAUGGGCCCCCCCCCAAAAGUGGCAACUAGGCCAAGAUUUGAACUCACAACCUUCCAGUCAGCUGUCCAGAGCCUUAGCUCUGGACAGCCACAGCUGCUUUGAAUUGUAUGUCAAUUCCCUUAUGGUAUUAAUAUUGCAACAGUCAUUUUGUAUCAUCUGUACUACUUCAUAGCAGCUAGGUGAAGUUACGUAGCUUAUUUUGUUGAGGGAAGGAUGUGAGUAUUCAGCCCUUAGAUAAAAUAGCAAACCACACAUCAUUAGUCAGAUUCAGAUUUCAGAUGGAAAUCUGUCAUUUUUAAGAAGAGAAUGUUUCCAUAAUUACAUUUUGUUGGUUCAGGCAUACAUGACCUGGACUUACAGUACAUGGACUGAAACUCUAUAGAGCGUGUGUUUAAAAAAAUUCUAAGCCGUGCACGAACAUAUAAAUAUAUAGUAAGCUUAUAUAAGCCUAUUGAAGCAAUAACAAAUGCUUUGGCAGAUGAGUUUCUCACAAAAGGUUCAUGUUGUACAAACAGUAGUCUACUGGACUGGACUGUUGUGUAGAUUGCCAUAAGAAAAGCGAAAGCAUAGCCUGUGUCACACUCUGAUAAACAUAGGUGUCCUAUGUUGCUGUUUUACAUUUGUCUUGAUAAACUGGCAAACUGCUUUAUUAGCCAGUAGCUGGCCCUAACUAAGAGCAAUGUAGCGUGUGGUUUAAUUCAUAUAGUGCCAAACCAGAGUGUAAAAACAGCUAGGACUGUCUGGGGUUAGCAUCUUAUUUAAAAUAGAGUAGGAUGUCAACAGCUGGGCUCAUACUGUUGACACUAUGAGUAAUGUGAGAUUUAAAACUCAAAAUAUAUAAAUGUGCGGACUGUCUUGAUUCUACUGUGAUAGAAUUACACACGGAACGUUGUAAGUUCGAUUAUAUUAUCAUCACCCAUUAACAUAGUCUAAAUAGUUUAAGCCUGAAUUAACACAUCUACAUAUAACUAAGCUUAAAGCAUUCAUUGUUAGGGGUUCUAGCGUGUAGCACUACAACCCUAUUGUAAUUGUUAAGAUUUUUAUUAUUAUUAUUCCACCAUAAAACUGAUCGGGCAGACCAAUCCGUAAGGCCUAGAGACUUGAAACCUGGUCAGAUGGUAGUAGUAUUGCUCGCUACUCAGAAACACCGUUACUUGACUGGCUAUAAUUCUGGACCGGAAUGAGAUAUUUUCACCAAAUUUGGGAUACUUAUAUAAGGGCUCAAUCUGAGGACAGAUCUAAAAAAAAUUACUGAGUGUGACCAAUUGGUGGCGCUAUAACAGAAAAAAACAUGAAAUUGGUGCAAAAUAUGGAACCAUUGGUCCAAUAGACUUGAUGAAUAAAUCUUGCAAGAAUUGUGCUUGUCCAAGGUCCAAUCAGCGUAUGUGAGGACAAUUGUAAAUCUCGGAAAACUCGGCCCCAUUGGUCAAUGUUCGGCAGCUAUUAGACAAGCUUAAUGAAUGCCGCUAUUUCUUAAAAUUAUCUUGGUUUUUUCUUUGAUGUAUGUGCUUAUAGUAUUGCAAAAUAUUAAAUAAUAUCUUUAAACAUCUUUAAGGGCCCUAAACGGCUUGAACCCCAAUAACUGCUGCUUGCAGCUAUAUUUAUUAUUUAUUUUUUACAAAUGCACAUAUAAACACAAUAAUUACAUAAAAAUGGAGUUUGAUGUGUUUUUUAAUCUAGUAGAUCCUCAUGAGAUAAAGGCAUAAAACACCAGGGUGCAUAGAAAACAUGUCGAUAACAGGUGGUUUUGUACUGCAGUGUAUUUUGCUAGUGUUUUGAUGUAGUUUAGGUGUUGACAUGACCUAUAGUACUGUACUCAAACCGGGUUCUGGGCUCUUUAUGUGUAAAAACAACUAUUAAAAGGAAACACUGUAAAAACUAGUAUGUAUUAUUUUCAGAAAUGGUACUUUAAUAAAUAAAUACAACUUUACAUUUCAAAACUGAAGACAAUUUCCAAGACCACAGUCAUGCUGUGAAGGAAUUUUUUUAUUUUUAUUUUUUUAUUAUUAUUAAUUUUUUAAUCUUAGGAGUACUUGGAGACUGAGGUAGUGUAUGUUUGAACAUUUUGCUCCAACCGUCUCCAGAAUGAUUAGCUAAACGUAGCUUAUAUGUUGUGCAUUAUUUACAAAUAGUUAUAGCUUGGAAACAACAGCUGGCGCUGCUCCUGAUUGGAUGGUGAGAGUGUCAGGCUGCGCGUGCCUCCGCUGUCAUUGGUGCGGCUGAAGUUGAGAGCAGCUUGCUCGUGCUGAAGUAGGAAGAGGACAGCGGGCAGCCAGCUAGCGUCCAUACCACACACACACAUCAGCCCUCUGCCUGGCCUUUUAAACAUAAACCAGAACAAAAAAACAACAUCUCCUUCGGUGUUCAGCAGGAUUGGGUCUUUAAAUAUUCUCUUGGAAAGCAUGUGAUGAGCCAAGCUAAGAAAAAGGUCUCCCUCAACCAGAGCUGUGGCAAGGGCUGUAACCAUGUAGAUUGUUGUCCCCAUGGUAAAACCAUGGGUAGAGCUUGGCCUGAGCAUUGUCUGAAGGAGGCCAAGGCACUAAAGCAUACAACCAGUAGAGACAAGCAAAAGAGACGACAGCGCAUGGAAGGAUGGCUCCAUGAUGUUUGUAAGACAGGAGCCCAGUUAAAAAAGGUCAGGACUCUGAAGGUCGGGGCCAAAAAAGGCAAGGCAAAAGUGUCCAAGAAAUUGAGGGAAGAGCGGAAUAGGAAGCUUUACCCACUACGACGGAGAAGUAACAAAUCAAAAGACGAGGCCUUAAGUUGCCAUGUUCUGCUCACCCGCCUGGAGGGGAAUGCCUUUGAACAGGACAGUGAACUGCAGGAGGAGGAGGCAAAUGCAAUUUCAAAAAGAAGUCGGCAAAAAAAGAGACGCAAACCCAACCAAAAGCUAGUAAACACCAAUAAAUCAUUACAUAUACCACCUAAAACUAAAUACGAAGCAAGUACUAAUACAAUUGUAGCUCAGGAGCCCCGUAAACGCCGGCUUGCCUCUCUUAACGCCGAAGCUGUCAACAGCCUGCUGCUGGAGAAAACAGAUGUACCGCUAAGCAGCAAACUCCCUAAGAAACAGCGCCAUGAGACAGCACCUGUUUUUAAUGAAGCAGAUGAUGCAAAUAUUUGCUCCCUGUCAAAAACUGCUGCUCAAGCCCACAAGACUGAAAUGUGCCAAAACCACAAGAAGGCCAAGAAGAGCAAGUCAGAGGAAAAAGACGACAGCGAUCUUACACUGAGUCUGUACACUCCUACUCCUAGACGCCUCGCCGGACUCAAUGCUGCUGCUCUGCUGAAGCUCACAAGCUCCACUACGGGAAGUAAGCAGCGAGUAAAGACGGACAAUAAAGGUAUUUGUGCUGCAGGGAAGCAGACCGCAUGCUGUAAAUCCCAGGCGCAGCUGCCUAAAAAACAACGACUCAAACAGGCUUUACCUCAGGGUGGUGGUGCACCAUGUAAGAGCAAGGGAAGUGAGUCUAAACUGAAGUGGGAAGGACCUGCUGACUGUCACUGCUUAGCCAAACCAGGGUAUCAUUCUCAUGGCUUGAUGGGAUAUCCCAUUAAAAUGGUCAAAGAAGAGCAGGUGGAAACUGAGCUUGGUCCAUGCUACUGCUGUUCUACAGAAGGCUCAGUGGAAUACUGUCUGGCCCACCCAGCCCUCACCCUCAGUGCCCACCCAUGCCUGUGUGCAGACCCCUGCUACUCUAGUUACUAUGUUCACUUUGCAAAUCAUGGGCCUCGUUCAGUUUGUGUAAGUACGCAGCCACUACCUUGCGCACACAGCUCCAUGUGUCCCAGCAGGGUCCCUGCGUCAAAGCUGCUGUCCUCCUCUGUCUCCCACGCCUCAGGAAUCUCACACCCUGCCUUCUGCAGUUCAGUGCGCCCUCCGUGCUGUAGUGAGAGCUGCAGAGUUGGCAGUUACACUUUCAGCGCUAUGCAGCCUGUCACCAGCAGGGCGUGCUCUUAUGCUACAGGCUGCUCCAGCUGUAGCCAUCCAAUCAAAACAGAAGGCUACUCUUCACCUCAAGGGGAUCAAAGUUCCUCUCUGCUCGUUCCACCAGCCCUGCCCCUUUCUGGCUGUCCGUUGCCUAGACUAAACCCAUCCUCCACGGUUCUGCCACGUCUCCUGUCCACUCUUUCAGACAACAGACAGACAGAGGUCAGGCUUCAAGGGCCAAGAGAAUGCCCUCAAAACACCAAAACACCCAAUGGCUCUAUUGGUGCAAGACCUACAAAACUGUCUCAGAAACAGCCAGCGCCCUGCCCAGCAAGUGCCAAACAACAGAAAAAAGUACAUCGCCACCGCACCACAAACGGCUGGCGCCCUUUUGGAGAACCCACAGAGAAAGAAGUCUUUAUCGCGGGGGAGGACAUGACAGCACUGCGACAGUGUUACGAAGGAGUAGAACGAGAUGGAGAGGUGAUUCGGGUCAGAGACACGGUGCUGUUGCGCUCCGGACCACGAAAGAAAUCCUUACCCUAUGUGGCGAAGAUAUCAGCUUUGUGGGAUGACCCUAAGACAGGAGAGCUGAUGAUGAGCCUGUUCUGGUACUAUCGACCAGAACACACACAGGGAGGAAGAGAUCCCAGCAUGCACUGUGAGAAUGAAAUAUUCGCCUCUCGGCAUCAAGAUGAAAACAGCGUGGCCUGUAUUGAGGACAGAUGCUAUGUUUUACCUUUAGCACAGUACUGUAGAUUUUGUGCCUUGGUAAAGCGCCGCUCAGAGGGUGUGCCCGACAGCGUUCCCAUGGUGCCCCGGCCCUCUGACAGUGCUGUCCCCACUCACCGACUUGUGCCCGAUGACGUUGAUCCUGAACUGGUUUACCUAUGCCGCCAUGUCUACGACUUUCGCUUCGGCCGGAUACUGAAGAACCUGCAGUAAGGGUGCGAGCCUGCGUGCAGCGUGUGCACACACACCUGCCCCUCGUUAAUGAUGGAAAGCCUUCAUACUAAAAAGAUCCCUGUGCAACCUACUGGCCUUUUUGUUCUGAAAAUCCUGAUUUUAUUGUUGAAAACAUAAAUGAUCAGUUUUCGUUAUUCUUCGCUCAGGAGGGUAGACCUCAGGGAGGUCUGGGGCUGUUGGACAAGGUUUAUUUUGAAACUGUCUCCACAUUCCCAGAGUGGCAGCGUCUAAUCUAAAGCGAGUGCUGUAGAAGAACGAAAAUGACAGCUUUAUUGAGUUCUUGAUUAGAUUUUUGGAAAUUCUCUGUAGAAAUGUGGUUUUUAUUUGCCCUCCCAUUUAAACGUUGGAAGGGGUUCUAUAUUUCUCUUUGGCGAUUCGUCUUGUACACUGGACCAUGACACUAGCAGGGGAAAUUAGACGAAGCUGCCAUUUCAGAUUCAGAGUGUAAUCAAAUGCAAUUUCUUCAAAGUGUUGCUGAAAUCGGCUCAAACAGAGUCCUUAAGAUAAUCUAGCGCUCCUGUUUAGGAGAGUCGGAGUAUUUGGAUGAAAAAGAAAGAGGGGGGAAAAAAACGACAAAGUAGACAGACAUUCUUGUUUGUGUUGGGGCAAAUGCUUUCUGUUCCUUUCUUUAUGUGGGACUAAGUGUAGAAAAUUGUAUCAUUUCAUUGAAUGGGCAAAGUGACUCUUCAGUCCUCCGAUGAAAUGUCUGCAAGAGUAGACGCUUGUCUUUUUCGUUCUUCUCACGUUUUGUUUCAUCACGUGCAGGCCACUCUGUAACGUUCGUCCUUUUCGUUCUUCUCAUGUCUUGCUUUACGACAUGCCGGUCACUCGGUUGGCAGCUAGUUUUGACCGAAACCUACAAGAAUUGAACUAUACUAAAACCAAAGGUCAGCUCAGUGCUAAUCUCUGUUCUCACUAACUAAGCCCCCGAAGAUCUGUGCCCUAGAACUCCACAGGUAGGAGAAGCUGACGCUUGUUUUUUUUCAAGUCAAGAUGUUUGAUCAUGUAUCGAGUAGAGAUUCCUAAGACUUGCUAUUAAUUUAUUUGACACAUUGAUUUGAUUAAAAUCCUGCAUGUGUCCAUUUUCCCUUGCGUCUAGUCACCCUAGUGAAAUUGCACUAAUCCCAUUCCUUGAUUUUCUUUCUCCCUCUGCCAUCAAUUCAAUUUUACAUUUAGGUCUUCCUUUCUGAUUCUGUCACCGCCGUUCAUGGCAGUGAUUGGUUCAGCAAGGAAGUGCACAGGAACGCAAAGGAUGUCUUUUUAUAGAAUUUUUUUAAUUUAUAGCACAACAAAAGAAUAAGCAAAUAGCUAAUUCUAACAAAAGGAAAGUCAUACUAUUUUGGCAGUUCUUUUUGUUAAGUUAAAAGUCCUCUUGUUAACGUACACGUGUGACGUACCGAUCUAAAUUCAGCUUUUACACCUGUUAAUAAUUUGCUAUCUCUGAAUCAGAGUGAAACCGAUACCGUCGGUUUCACUUGCGAUCUGUUUUGGUUUGCGUUCCCACUACACAAUUAAACAAACCAAAAAGCUUGUGCGAUAUUGAUUUAACCUUGAUCACGAUUUUCCUUUUAAAAAUGCAACCCAUUGACUUAGAAAAGACAAGAAAACGUGCAUUUCCAUCCUCGCUGGUCGAAGAAUAGUUUAGGUAUAACGAUAUAACCAGCUGUGCAAUCGUGAAAACUCGGGUGGACGGUGGAUUUUUGUGUGAUUCUGCAGUAACACACAGUAAAUAGUUACAAAAAAAGAAAAAGCCAUAACAGUACAUUGGGAUAUAAUCCUUUAACAAAUCGGUUGUCUAACGUUCAUGUGGCAAACAUUAUCCCUGUUAAUGCUGCUCAGUGCUCUAAUUUAAUAACCUGCUAUUUGACACUUCGUUGAAGGCCUAUAUAAUGUUUUUGGGUCAAAAUCUUCGGUUGUUUGCAUUUCAGCCAAAACCUUUCAGUGGCAAUUUUUAAUAAAUAUAGUAAACAGAUGUCAAAUAUAUACUCAUCUAACGUUAAUAAUGAGGAAGGGGGCCACAAGUCAUUCCAGAUGAAAACCUCAAUUGACUCGUCUCCCGUUUUAUUGGGGAGAAAACACGUACUAGUGUUUCUUUUCCUGCUUAUGGAAGCCUCUGUUUGCUGAGAGCUCGAAGGUUAGAGCACAUUAAACUUCUGCCACUCUGGGGGAAUUUUCAUAUCCUGGGUUUUUCUCUUUAUAAUGACAAGUCAGGAGAGAGUGUGGCAAUAUUCCAGUUUUACUUCCACAAGAAAAAUAUGCCAACUUGGAAAAGAAAAAAAAACUGCCAUCACACACACUCACAGCCCUAACCCCCACCCCAAACUACGAUACCCACAAUGCAGUGCAUCUAAACGUGAACCUUUUACUGUCUAACACUAGCAUACGGCAAUGUUUUUGUGGAGCUCCUAUGCAAAAUGAGUAAUGGCUGUCAGGUCUGGUAAUAUAAUAUAAUGCGUCUUGGUGAUGUAAUGUCCUGUAGGGAUGAUAUCACACAAGCCAGCUGAAAAGUGUGUAAGGCUGAAAACGCUUUCAUUCACUAGUCUGAAAUAUGGCGAUUUAAAUAAAAGUGCAUAGUUACCACAGGAAUCCUUCACACACAAAAAGCGCUAAAUAAAUGAUUAGGUAAUUAUAUAAAUAAAUAGUUUCAAACGUUUUGCCUAUCACAUUAAGCAGUUAUUUUUCCUUUUUAUUUGUCAGUGCAAACAUCCAGAACACAUGGCAUUUCUGCAGUGCUACAGCUCUAAACGCCGCGUGUGUGAACGCACUCUGCUCCACUAUCCGUUGAAGCCUUUAUUGUCCUCUAAACCUGAAUUCUAAUGACUAUGUGAAUCUAAUUGUGUUGGUUGAAUCAGGGCCUAUGUGCUUAGAGAGAAAUCUCUUCUUGUAUCUAAACAGUAGUGACCUCUAAGCUUUUGAACAAAAAUGAGUAAUGAUUAGCACUUUUUAGAUUAGCUAACGCUAGUUUAUUUGAAGUAGUUGUCAGUGUUUGAGCUUAAGAUUAGGAAUGCUUUUGGUUUGCAUUUUUAAUGCUUUACCCAUAAACCAUAUCCAUUAUCAUAUAUGAAUUAUUGACAUGUUGAACUGUUGUACAGUGGGAUCAGAAUUUCUUCAGUAAGGUAGCUUAGAUGGCUUUCCAGCAUUAUUAUUAUUAUAUAUAUAUAUAUAUAUAUCUAUAUUAUAUAUAAGUGUAUGUUCAAUGUGUGUGAAAUACCCUGAAGCUGUUUUAUUCCAUUGUAUCAUUGGCACAGAUUUUGCUGCAAUUAUACCUUGAUCAGCAGGUCUUCUUUAAAACAAAAAUAGAUAUAAUAAUGAUAUUGUGGUUAAAAUGAAAUGAGGUUUUUUUUUUGAUCCCACAUUCGUUUAAAAAAAGGGAAAAAAGAAAGAAAGAAAAAAAAAGUUUCUGUUUUUCAAUUUCUCCUGCAAACAUGAGAUAUUUUAUUAAGGCUAUUUCUAAAGGUAGAAUAUGCAAUAUAUUUUUGGGACUAUUUUUGAGGAAUCUAUUUAAAUCAAAUUACUUCUAUUGUUUUAACCGAUUUAACAAUCGUUUUGAUGUGAACUAUAAAUUGAAAAUAACCAAAUAGGCAUACGCUAAAACAUGGGCAGUUGUUCCAUUUUUGUUUUUUGGUUUGUUUUUUUUUUUGGUUAGAUUGGAAUCCAAAGGUGUGGACUACUCGAGAGCCGUUCAUGUAGAAGAAAUUUAACUGUACAUAUCUUGAUAUUAUUGAAGAAUCACCCGAUCAUGUUUCAAAUAAGACGAAAUGUUGCACAAUACAUUUUUAUGACUUAUGAGUAACUAUAUUUAAAGAAGUUAUUUAACAUUGAGUAUAGAAACGAUAUAGAUAUCUAUAUUUCAAGUAAACAAGUCAUCUUGGUUUUAAAGUGUUUUGAAGUGCUGUUGCAAUACUUGUCAGUGAAUGCCAUACUUUUUUUUUUUUUCUUUUCUUUUAUAAAUUAUGAAAUCUUUGGUGAAAUGAUUAAAAACUGAAACUGUUGUAUUUAUGGUGUACUGGGCAUCAAGGGUUAAAGACCAAAGCACACUCUUCAACUGGUGCCCCUUUAUGUGUAUAUUGCAUCUACAUGGGGUUACCCUGUACAACACUGCAGAAAGACUUUCUGUCACCAAACCAAUCAGACAGGUACUUGAAUGAUCUGUUUUUAAGAGUCAGUUUUGUAGUCUCUUAUAAUAUUGAUUUGACAUGUGGCCUUUACCCAUUUACUAUGAGUUGUCUUAGUUUGAUUUACAGGAAACGGGCCAAAUAUCACUUAAUUACACUUGUACAAGGAACUUGUUACAAACAUGGCAGGAAAAGUAAAUAAACUUGAGAAUGCUGUACUAUGAAUACAUUUUUGAACAAGAACAGCAGGUGACAGAAGAGUCACGACACUGUUCGUUUGGUCAUUGUGAGAUAGUCUGCUGUUUUUUUUGUUUGUUUGUUUUUUUUUGUGUGUGGGUUUUUUUUUUCCUUUUUGUCUUUCAUUUUCAUCAUAAAGCCUGUGCUCUUGAGGCGUCCUGAACACCAGAUGACCAGUCUGUGCCAGGAAGGCCUCUCGAGCGCAACGGCUCCUCAUGGAAGCCUCUGCAGCAAGUUUUUCAUCACAGUGGUCAACUUACCAGAUUAUCAGGAAAUUCAGACUAAAUCCUUUUUGCAAAUAUUUAAAAAAAAAAUAAAAAAUUCUAUAUGCCAAUUUUCAUAAGGAGAUUAGAUUCUCUAAAUUGAUUUAUUUACCUUCUAUGUAAGUGGUUGACCAUUUUGUUGCAGUAAAAAUUGCUGAUAUGCUUUUGUACGAUUCAGAAUUCUUUUUAAACACCGUGACCAAAAAAACAAGUUUUUUUUGUUUGUUUGUUUUGUUUUUCGUUUAAUUCCUUUACCCUGACCAAUAUUACAUUUAAUGUUUGUUUGUGUUGCUAGUUUAUUGCUUACUGCUAACAUAUAUUUUGAUAGAAUAGAACAGUGGUUAAACAGAGGUUAUUUUUAAAUGGGGCCGGGGGGAUGUGUUUUUAUCAGUGUCGCUAGGUCAUGCACUUUUUUUAAUGACAACAAGAAUCCCUGCUGAUUACUGUCAAAUGAAAGAGUAUUUAUAAAAAUCUUUUGUUAAAACCUGUUUGAAGUGUUUUAUUGCUUUUUUUUUCCACCAGCGCACAUGACUGUGAUACAUGGUCAAACUGUGGGGUUUUAUGGCUUUUUGGUCUUCUACAUUGUCUUAGCAGAUGUAAGCUAAAACUUCUGUCUUAAUAGUAAAAGAAUGCAAUUAAAACAUUACUUGUUCAGCCUGGCUGCUUCCAAAAUAAGUGGCAAAUUUUGAUGU